GUUGAUGAUCCAGCACUUCUCCUCUCGAAGAUGUCCCCCGCCGGAGUUGCUUGCUCUUUGUUCAAAUGAAAGCUGCAAGCUGCGAACUAACAAAGAAACUCUGCGGUCCACUAAGCAUUCCCAUAGAUUCAUUGAUAAUUUCCGAUCAUUCUGCGCGUUUUGGUGUCGUGGGAAGAAGUAGAUGAGAAUAUCACUUGUCUAAAAAUAAAUUUCUUCAUCGAUGCCAUGAACAAGGCCGCGCCCGUGACUUUUCUUCGCACGACCGCGAGGGCCCUUGUUACGACUACUACAAGCGGCAGUAGCACAAUCAGCAGCACAGGUGGAGCUGGAGCUCUUAAUAUCCCAAUGGAGCUCCACCUAGUCCACGAAGCCAAGAAACACGGAGUCCUCAUCGUCGGCGCUAGUCCCAAGCAAACUCGUGCUUCCCACGAUGUCAUGCGAACACUACUGGAAAACCAGGCGCUGAACUUCGACUGUAUCCCAAUAAACCCCGUCGUAGCUGCUGCAGAUGGAGCUGCGGAGAGCACGACGAUAUUGGGAAAAAAAUGCUUUUCCUCUUUGACGGAUUAUUGUGCUACCAGCGCGACGAGGUCGAGCUCGGGAUCGGGGUCAAGUUCGAAAACAACUCAAGAAGAACAUCAUCAAAAAACUAAAAGAGUUGUUUGCAUCUUCCGCAGCGACCCGGAGCCUAUCGUUCUAGAGGCGAUCUUAUCAAAUGCAAAAAUGUCUGGGUCUGGAAACUUGUGAUGCUGAAAUGUGCAUGAUGAAAACACUUCAGAAUCAUGCAGUCCAGCAUGACAAUUUCCCGAAACGCUUUCUCAUAGGCAAUCCGCAUGAGAAACUGCGUUUUUGCAUGACACCGUGAGGACGACCACAGGGGGUCUGUCUCAACGACGACGACGAUGACAAAAGAGGCUGCGGCUUUUGUUGGUUAUGCAAUACAGAUUUCCCAGGAAUAAGCGCUAGCAUUACAAGGUUCCAACCUUCCAGACCCAGACACUUUUGCCGUGCAUAGAUCCGACUCGGCUUUCGAAAUCUGUGGCUCCAGCUUGGUUUGUUUGUUUCAGAGGAGACCGAGAAAAAGGCUAUAGCAGAGGCGAUUUUAUCGUCAUCCUGUGACGCUAGUUCAUCUGGUGAAAAUUUGUACAAUAAUUCAGGAACAACAGCUGGUGGGUCUACAAGAACAGUUGCUAGUAAAGAAGAUUCUGGUGCACCAGAGCACGUUGUAAAUCUUGUGGAAGACAAAUGCUUGAAAGUCGAGGCUUUACGGGCAGCUGCGAUGGGAGGAAUAAAAGCUGCGAAUUUGUAGUAAAAGGCUCAACAAUAAAGACAUAAA